CUGAGAGCACAUCUGCGCAGUGGUUUUGUUCUUCCUGUUCUCUUUUGCUGUACUGCAUUUACAUCAGAUUGCAGAACACGGAAGCAACAGUUCCUUCGAACCAUUUGCCUGUUCUAAAAAGGCUUCAGGCAGGUACUGUGGGCUAAGCAAGGGCCCCAGGCGUGGAGUCCAGAACAUCAAGGAGAGAUGAGCAGAGGAAAGGCCAAGGGGCAGGAGAACGUGACCAGUUCCCUCCUCAGCAGCCAGGAGAAUGAACGCCUGCUAGAGUUGCUGGGAAGGAGAUGCGUGACCAUGGCCACAACGGUUGUUCAGUUGUACAUGGCUCUUCCUCACAGUCCUACCCAAUGGAGUCUCCAACAUACAGGAGUUGUGUGUUUCGUUAAGGACAAUCCCAAACGUUCAUACUACAUCCGGCUCUAUGACAUAACGGAAGGCAAAAUGGUUUGGGAGCAAGAGCUGUAUAAUCAGAUGGCAUAUUGCUGUCCAAUGAGGUUCUUCCACACUUUUGCAGCUGAUGACUGUCAAGUAGGUUUGAACUUUGCCAGUGAGACAGAAGCUGAAUUUUUCAGAAACAUGGUUGUGGAAAAGAUUAAUCAGAGAUCCAAUCACCAGGAAAAAAAACAGCAUGCUCCCUCUGAAGAAAACCGGCCACUACCACAAACCCCUCCAACAAAUGGUCCAGUUUCACAGCCAACUGUAAUGCCCACAGUGGACAUUCAGAACCCAGAUAUUGUGGCAUCAAGAUACCGUUCCACCCCAGUGCCAACCCCCGCACCAGCCUCACUCUCCAUAGGCAAAAAGCUCAAAAAGGGAAAGAAGAAAGGACCAAAGCUCACUAAGGCAGAUAUCGGAGCUCCUAGUGGAUUCAAACAUGUCACUCAUGUUGGGUGGGAUCCAAACUCUGGUUUUGAUACCAACAAUCUUGACCCUGACCUGAAGAAACUGUUCAACAGUGCUGGUAUCAGUGAUGCCCAGCUGGCAGACAAAGAAACAUCUAAGAUCAUCUAUGACUUCAUCGAGCAAUCUGGAGGCCUGGACGCAGUAAAGGAGGAAAUGAGGAAACAGGAAGGUCCUCGUUCUGCCCCUGCACCACCUCCACCUCGCGGCAGGUGUCCCCCACCUGGACGUCCUCCACCACCUUCACGAAGCCCUGGACCCCCUCAUCGUGGUCCACCGCCACCUGCACCACCUGGAGGGCGUUCUGGGCCUCCACCCCCUAUGCCAUGUUCUCUCCCACCACCACCACCCCCCAGCCACAGUCACAAGCCAUCUCCUCCACCUAUGGGUGGCGGUGCACCGCCUCCACCUCCACCCCCACCUCCUCCACCGCCGCCUCCUUCUUCAGCCAGUAACAUCCCCAGCAGUCCUAGCAGCUCAGCACCACCUCCUCCUUCUUCUGGGGGUGGAGGACGAGGAACCUUACUGGAGGAAAUUCGCCGUGGACGUGUGCUAAAGAAUGUGUCUGAAUCCCCGGACCCUAACCCUCCAGGUCAAGAUGAAUCCUCAGGGGGAAUUGUGGGUGCUCUGAUGAUGGUGAUGCAGAAAAGGAGUAAAGUUAUCCAUUCCUCAGAAGAUGAAGAUGAUGAUGGGGGUGAUGAAGAUGAAGAAGACGAAUGGGAUGAAUAAUGCUUCUCUCUGCUCUUGGUACACAAACUUGUGCCAUCCACCAAUUCAUAAAAAUGAGCUCAUAAAGCUGAUGCUCACUGGAAAUCAUUUUAGCAAUAGGCAUGAAAUCUUCAGGUUAUUUCACAUUAAAGUUGCACUGAAUGAUCUGAAGAUCUUCUGUAAAUCCAAUAAAGCAAUAAAACCCUAACUUUGACAAUUA